AUGUCUCCUCGUCACCAGACUAUAGUUAUGAAAAUAGAAAUAAAGAGUAUUUGUGAAUUGAAGAGAAGUGAGGUUCAAUUGAAAAUAAGAAGGAGCCUUGGCUGUAGGUAUGAUGCUUCAAUUCUUCUGUUUGGUCGCCUCGUUGGCUGGCCUUAUUUGGGUCCCACAGAUAAAAUUGAUAAGGCGAUAAAGUUGGUUUGUGAGUGCUGUUCAUGGAGUGAUGUUCCCCAGUGCAUUGCUGUACUCAUAGUGGCGAUACAGAGUAUUAAUGAAGUUACGCUACUUCUUAUUGGAGAUUCCGGUGUCGGAAAGACAUGUGUGCUAUUUCGAUUUUCGGACGACUCCUUCAACAAUUCAUUCAUCUCCACUAUCGGUAUUGAUUUCAAAAUACGAACUAUAGAAUUGGAUGGAAAGAAAAUCAAACUGCAGAUAUGGGAUACCGCAGGUCAGGAACGCUUUAGAACAAUUACAACCGCUUACUAUCGUGGAGCUAUGGGGAUUAUGUUGGUCUACGAUAUAACGAAUGAGAAAUCAUUCGAUAACAUAAAAAAUUGGAUUCGAAAUAUCGAAGAACAUGCAUCAUCGGAUGUGGACCGAAUGAUUAUUGGUAAUAAAUGUGAUGUUGAAGAAAGGAGACAGGUAUCACGAGAGCGUGGUGAACAGCUGGCCAUAGAAUACGGUACGAAAUUCAUGGAAACAUCGGCCAAAGCCAAUAUCAAUGUGGAGGAAGCUUUCUUCACGUUAGCCCGUGACAUAAAAUUGAAAACAGAACGUGCAUCACAACAGACCACUACCCAAAAUACUGGUAGAAUAACGGUCCACCAAAUGCCAAGAAAAACUUCUUCAUUCUUUUCGGGUUGGAGAUGCUCACUUAUCUAG